AAAGUUUUCAGAGAUGCUUCCUGGAAAGUUAAAGCUGUGUUCCUCAGCAUCCCUGCUAUUAUUGAUCCUUGCCCAGUGGCUGUCCCUCACAGACGCCACCUUUGGCAACGAGUAUGUGCACAUAAAGGUUCAUGUGCCGAAGGAGACGGUGCCUGUGCUAAUCGAACCGGAGCCGCACAAGGUAAUACAUCACUAUCAUCAUCAUCCACGGGCCCGUGGGCGUGGACCACCCAAACCGAAGAGCAGUCCCGUACUGGAGAGCGUUAUCCUUUCGGACUUGGACAAUCCGCUGCACAUGAGCGAGCAUGCCGAGUACCUGAACCAUGCCAAGGAGCUGGCCGAUCAUUUGAGUGAAAGCUAUGCGGCGAAGAAGCCGCUGCCGCUGCCGCCACCGCCAGCGCCGCCCAAAAAGAAGGUCAACACCUACACGGUUAUUGAAGAGAAACACCGCCCGGUUCCAAGCAGCAGUUACGAAUACGACGACUUGGGCGAGGGCUCGCCCCAUAGUGUCGAAACGUACCGCGUAAUUGAUCAGCGCCCUCAGCACCACAAGCACACAGACUACAAGUAUUCGCAAAUGGACAGUGAGGAGGGCUAUCAAUAUCCGGCGCCUGUCAGUCGCUAUCAUCGAGGCAAACCCUCCUCCUCCUCCUCUUCCUCGUAUCAUGGUUCGUAUGCGGAGCCAGCUCCCGUAGAAGAGCCACAGGAUCUGGAGCAGGACUACCAGCCAGCCCCUGACUAUGCUUCCUAUAUGCAAGCAGCGCGUGGUCUGAAAGCCGCACGGUUUCCAGCCCACACCCUCGAGGCACCCGAAGAGUCGGCUUCCAGUCAGUACGGCUAUGGCGGCGGAGGUGGCUCUGAUUUUCGACCCUCGCCACAGCUGCACCCAGAACUGGAUGCCUAUGAUGAUGAGCCGGAUAGUUAUGUGACACCUUUGACGCCCAGACGACGUCGACCGGAGCUAGAUUGGUCCGAGUUGAACGGCUACAAUAGGGCAGCUGCAGAGAGCUAUAGCGGCAUCGAUAGUUACAGUGCGGGCCACGUCCAGGGUCUGGGCAGCAGUGGUUACAAAUAUGCGGGGCCCUACGCUCACUAA